AUAUUUUAUGUGAACCCGAGCAAGGCCGGGUAAUAUCAGCUAGUUGUCGAUACAUUUUACCUGUAAAAAAAUAUGCACUUGGAAAGGAUUUUUUCCAUUCAGAGGAAUUUGAGCGCCACCGAGCCUGAAACAAAGGUUCCAAACUUGAACCUCCUUAACGUCCUACCAAAUGAUGCUGCUCAAGAGAUUUCCACUUUACCUACACCCAUCCUUUGGAUGGAAGAUUCCGUGCAAAAGAAAGAGAUCAUAUCCCGAAUAUUAAGCGCUAAGCAAAUCACAUUCAUUCGUUUGCCACCGAUCGAAGCGAUCGGUUUCGCGGAUUAACGGGAAUUGUAUCGUCCUCCGUGAUCCGGCUAGUUGGGUUUUAUGUGGGGUCACCGGUAUUAUUUUGGAGAGCAAUGGUGAUAGCAGCGGAUGUUGUAGGUAGAUCCGGUAAACGGUUUCGGAAGCUUGCUGUGGACACGUGUUGUGAUCCGGGAAGGCUUGUGAAGAAUGUCAAGAGAAGAGUUCAUAUUCUAAACUGGAUUACGUCUUACGGUUCUCGAGAUUUGGUGGAAGAUUUUAUAGCCGGUGUAACUGUUGGGUUGACCAUCAUACCUCAAAGUUUGGCCUAUGCUCCACUAGCUGGAUUGCCACCGCAAUAUGGAUUAUACGCAGCUUAUAUGGGUGCCCUGGUGUACAUCAUUUUCGGAUCGGUGAAAGAAGUUUCAGUUGGACCAACUAGCCUAAUGGCCUUGCUCAUCGUCCAGUAUACCACAGACAAACCGAUGGAAUAUGCCAUCUUGUUGGCGUUCUUAGUCGGGAUUGUGGAACUGCUGAUGGGCAUUUUUAAGCUAGGUUUUCUGGUCAGUUUCAUCCCGAUUCCGGUCACGUCUGCCUUCACUUCAGCCACCUCAAUAAUCAUCAUCGGUACUCAGUUGAAGAAUCUAUUUGGAAUUCCAACCAAGGGUAACGGUUUUUUCACAACCGUCUAUCGGAUAGCGACCAAUCUAAGCGAAACCAACGUUGCGGAUCUUCUUCUUGGACUGUUUGGAUGUGCGUUUCUUCUUUCAAUUCAACAGGUGACAAAAAUCCAAAUCAACACUGAAACCCCCAGAGGGAAGUUCCUGAAAAAAUUCCUUUGGUACCUCAGUUUGUCGAGAAACGCUCUAAUAGUGCUAAUCUCAUCCGUCCUGGCAUACAUCUGGCAUUCAAAUGGAUCUAGCGUUCCCUUCAAACUUUCCGGGAAAGUGACGCCGGGUAUUCCGGGAUUCGAGUUUCCCAUCUACGAUGUACACAACGGAAACGAGACCAUUCCGUACUGGCAAGUUGUCCGGGAGCUGGGGAGCAGCAUCAUUCUGACGCCAAUGGUGGCUAUCCUGGCAAAUGUUUCAAUUGCAAAGGCUUUCACCACCGGAAAAAUCGUGGACGCCUCGCAGGAAAUGAUCGCCUUGGGGCUGUGCAACAUCGUAGGGUCCUUCUUCAGCGCAAUGCCAACGUGUGGAGCCUUCACCCGAUCGGCCGUCAGCCACUCAAGUGGAGUUCGAACUCCACUCGCAGGAUUGUAUUCAGCCUCGAUGGUUCUACUAUCGCUGAGUUUACUGACACCUUAUUUCUACUUCAUCCCCAAAACAACGCUCGGCGCCGUGCUGAUCUGCUCUGUGAUGUUCAUGAUUGACUUGAAGAUCGCCAAAACGUUCUGGAAAGCAUCGAAAAUCGAUGGGAUGUGUUGGACCGGAUGUUUCCUGUGUAGUUUGUUUGCCGGGGUAGAAGUCGGUUUACUCUUCGGAAUUUUCAUUGGAAUCCUAGGGCUACUCAAGGUUUGGGUUCGACCAAUGAUCCAACAAGAAUCGGUUAGCCGAGAAGAACUUCGGUACCUCAAGUAUCGACCGGAAGUAGGACUAUUUUUUCCGGCAGUCGAUUAUCUACGAACCGAAAUUGUAGCAUCAGCGAUCGAACAACCCUUACCGAUUGUUUUGGACUGUUCGGCAAUUUUUGGACUCGACCAUACAUCUUCCAAAGGACUUGAGGAGUUGCGAAAAGAACUGGAUAGAAUGGAACUGAAACUAAUUUUGCUUAAUCUGAGAGACGACUUGAAACUUAAAUUGGAAGCUCUCAACACCGAUUGUCAAUUAAUCUUUUGGAAGAAUGAAGAUGAAGCAGCUAACGCUCGUGAUUUAGUGAUAUCGAUCCGAAAAUAA